ACACACACACACACACACACACACACACACAGAAAGCUUGUUGAAUAGAGACGGUUUUCUUUAGAGUUUAUAACGGAGCCUGUGUACUGUGCAGGUCGACCAGAGCUCGCGCUGAGUUAGAAAGCACGUGCCACCACCUGCGUCCUGGGGAUCGUUUUUUUUCUUUAAAGCGCGAGAGCUUCUGUUGCUCUUUUUCUUUUUAAAGGACUUUUAACACCGGGAUCAUCGGUGUCACGGGGAUGAAAAGGAGUUUUGUGGAGCUGCACGAGAGAGUUUUUGUGUUCUUGUGAUCGUUUUAGAGGAAAGCAACUGAUUCAUCAACGUGGUUUAGUGUUUGUUUGUUUAUUAUUGCGCGUUACGGUGCGCUCCUGGCCGCACGCGCAGCUCGUUUCUCCGUGCACUAAAGACUUUCUUUUGAAAAAGGGGGACUCCGGCGUGGAUGCAGGCGGCGCGCGCGCACGCGUGCAGGAUGCAUCCAGAAAGCAGCGGCGCGAACGGCGACGGGACGCGCGAGCCCGAGCGCGCGGAGGAUGAGAACAAGAAGAAAGAGGAGGAGGAGGAGGAAGAAGAAGAGCAGGUGCGUGGAGGAGAGAACGACAUCGCGGGGCAGUUUGUGCCGCCGGAGGGCGGUUACGGCUGGCUCGUGGCGCUCGCCGCCACCUGGUGCAACGGCUCGAUCUUCGGCAUCCAGAACUCGUUCGGCAUCCUGCACGUCAUGCUCGCGCAGGAGCACGUGGACCCCAGCGACAACGCGUCCCAGUUCAGAGUAGCAUGGGUCGGUGCCUUGGCAAUGGGGAUGAUCUUCUUCUGCUCCCCCAUCGUCAGCAUGUUCACCGACCACUUCGGCUGCAGGAAGACGGCAGUGGGCGGAGCCUUAGUCGCCUUCCUCGGACUCCUCACCAGCUCGUUUGCCACGACGCUGGGACUUCGUUAUUUCACUUAUGGCAUCCUGUUCGGCUGCGGCUCGUCCUUCGCCUUCCAGCCGUCGCUGGUCAUUUUAGGCCACUAUUUCCGCCGGCGACUCGGUCUGGCGAACGGCGUGGUGACGGCCACAAGCAGCCUCUUUACCGUAGUGCUGUCUGUGCUACUCAAGAAGGUGGUAGCUCCUCUAGGCCUUUCCAGAACCUUCCAGAUUCUCAGCCUUUUCAUGCUGGUCCAGUCGCUGCUGGCACUCUCCUUCCGCCCCCUGAUUCCGCCAGCGGGGGCGAUAGCGAGGGCGGAGAUGGGCUCUCUGGGGCCUGUGGAAGAGCAGGGAUCUGCAGCAGGAACUCGGUGGAGGAGGGCCGUGAUGAAAGUGAGGAAGUAUUUCAACGUCGAGGUGUUCAGGGUGGCCACCUAUCGAGUAUGGGCGUUCGGAGUGGCCACGGCUGUUCUGGGAUACAUGGUGCCCUACAUUCACCUGAUCAACUUUGUGCGGGAGGAGUUCAAGGAGACCCAGAGGGAGUGGGUGCUGCUGGUGUGUAUCGGCGCUUCCUCUGGAGUAGGACGUCUGGUUUUUGGCAAAGUGGGAGACCUUAUUCAUGGAGUCAUGAAAAUAUACUUGCAGGUGGCCUCGUUCAUGACUCUGGGCCUGAUGUCGAUGAUGAUCCCGCAGUGCCGUGUGUUCGAGGGCCUGAUCGUGGUGUGCUUGUUCAUGGGAUUGUGCGACGGCUGCUUCAUCACCAUAAUGGCUCCUAUCGCUUUCGAGUUGGUAGGGCCCAUGCGAGCCUCACAAGCCAUCGGGUAUCUGCUGGGCCUCAUGGCUGUUCCCAUGACAGCAGGUCCACCGAUUGCAGGUCUUCUCCACGAUUACUUUCAGAAUUACCACGUGGCGUUUUACCUAGCCGGUGUUCCCCCUCUAGUCGGGGGCAUGGUCCUGUUCUCCGUGCCCUUGGUGUUCAGGCACAUUCAUAAGAAAAACAGUGAGACGUGUGACCCGAGCACACGCAGCAUGCUGAAGAACUUCACCAACGGAGACAUGCUGCCUGGAUACUCUGACACCGAGACGCAACAAGAGACGCACUAAGGAACUCACUUCAUCAGAAGUCCACCAUCUGUGUAUGCGUGUGUGUGUGUGUGUGUGUGUGUGUGUGUGUGUGUGUGUGUGUGUGCACCUGUGCGCUCUCUUUCCUUGGACCAAAUCAGCCCCAAACUCCUCACUUCAGUGCUCUUUCACUUGAAUAGGAAAGACCUACGAGUUGUUGUUGCAUUGUCUCUCAUUUAAAAAGUUUUUUUUUUUUACACCACACUCGCUCCUCCAUCCCUUUUGCACACCGUGGGAUCGUGGGGUAGCCUAGAACUCGUCCCAGAAGGCUUCUCCGAAGGAAAUCUGAACAAUGUGCUCCUGCACAGCCGAAGCCAGAAGGAACACUGUUUCCCACGUAAGAACAGUGAGUUCUGGUCAUUAGGAAAAGCUGUUGCCUUUGAAUUGAACUAAAAGGAAACAGCCUUUGAAUGUUAUAUAUAAUGUGUUCAGGUUUUUCCACCUUCUAUAAGAAAAUGGGUUUUUUUUUGUUUGUUUUGUGGUCUGUGAUUUUCUUUUUUUUUACCCAUUCUUUAGAUCUUUCUGCUUUUCCUACAGACUUCAGUAACCUCAAACGUGGGUUCUACUCAUAGCUAAGUGGUAUAAUCAGUGUUAGAAUUUAUGCACAGUCAUACUGCAUUUGUAGGUAUUCCUAAGCCACAAGAAUAACACUAACUUAAAAAAUUUUUCCCCCCCAGACAUGCUAGCUACAAGUUUUUAUUGAGCUUUUUUUUUUAAGUGCGGCUUAUAGGAACAUCCCCCAUACAGAAGGAAGUUCUGUCCAAUCAUUUAGAAUUUAUUUGCAUUCACACCUUUUGUGUGUCGAUUCCAGCGUCGCACCGAGACCGCAUUUGAUUCUAUUUUUUAGCAAGAUCCAAUUGCAUUAGCGCCUUCUUAUGGCUAAUAUAUUUAAGUAGCUAUGCACCUACAGCAGUGAAGUAUAGAGCAGAUUUGUAGAGCGGCGAGGGGUACAAACCGAAGGACAUCUGUACAGGAAUCAAAGUGUUGAAACACAGCUGAGGUGCGGACCGACGAAGGUCCUGGUGCGCCGCAUACGUGAACAUGGCAAAUCCGAAUCACGUGCCGCCGUAUGAAGGGAAAUUCGAAAAGAGGUUAGUAAGGCGUGAACUGUGAACGAUUUUCUGCAGACCUCACAGCUUUUAUUCUAUGCAGCAACGAAACUCCGGACAGUGCCAAUUCUUUAUUGCUAUUUUCCAGCCAGUUAGUCGACACUCGAUGCCAGUACGCUAUGCUAACAUAGCCUGAUAAUUAGCAUUUUUUUAAGGUUGUCUGCAUUGGCCUGUUCAUGGAUUAUGUAAGUCGUAGGGAAAAACAAUCGUGUAUUCUCAUGGAGCACGAUUAUUGUUUAAAUGUUGCUUUUUAAUAUUUUUCUUUUUUUUUGUAUUUAGUGACUAUUAUGUUGGUUGUAAAAGUGAUGCAGAAGGAAUGUAGUUAGGAUUUCCUAAUGGAUAAAAAUAGAUAUAAACGGUUGUAGAGCUUAUCUUGGGGGUAAAGUGGACAAUGUGUUUCGCAAGGACAAUCUACGUGUGUGUAAAAACCACAUGAAGAGGAAGGUUUGUGAAUUAUGGAAUUAUGUUUAAUAUUUUUGUGAAGAGUUUAUCAGUAAUUCUAUUUUAGUAAUGAUUAUCGGUGCCUUUUUUUAUAUAUAUUUUUCCUCACAUAAUUUCGGCCAAUCACGCUGCCAAGCUCUUAUCUAAGUAGCUCAUUGGUUAAUCUCGCUUUUGGUGUGCGACUUAGACGCCUUGCUGUGGAGAAAUUUUUGUUACAGAAACGCGUUUCCUCUUGCAGACAAGAGACGUUUUCAUUGGCCAGUGCAAACAGGAGCAGUGAUUGGUUGCUUUCUGUCAGAGCCUUUACCUUUUUGGUUGCUGUGCUGUCACUAUGGAGACACUUUUAGGAAUUAGCAUGUUUGUUUGUAGGAUGAAACUAACAAACAAUCAUUUAGUUGUUCACUCACAGAUGUCUGGAAAUCUAAUGUAGGAAUGUACCAAGUGUAAUUUUUAUACAUAUAUACAGUAAGUAUAUAACAAUCCUAGGUUUCUAACCUUAUUUUUAUUCACUUUGUAACUCAGCCCCUGAGCUGAGUUUUGAGAUUUGAGUUAAUCUAAGUACAGUAUUAGAAGAAAGUUCAAUAAAUCCUGCUUAGGAAACGUAGGACUUCUCUGUAUGUGGAAUGUGGCAGGCAGUACGUUUCUGUCUUUUUAAAACAGUUCGGGUCAAUUAUCAGUAUGCGAAUUGGAGCCGAAUCAAAAAUCAUUGUCCGAUUUCCACCAGUAGAAAUACACAGUCUUGGUACACCCCUACUUUGUAGGUGUAAAAUGUUAACUAUCGUUAGACUACACUGAUAUCUUUGAUUAGAAAGCAGGCAUGUGCUGAUAAUGUACUUCAAAGCUACUUCCUAAUACUAACACUUAAAAAAUGUAUGUAUCGAAUAUUCGUUUCGUUCCAUUUCUAGUUACAUUUGACGUAAUGCGUAAAACAUUUUUUUGAAGUACUGCAAACAGCAUGUUACAGAAAAUUUUGACAAAAAUUGGAGAACCUUCUGGAAAUUGGUAGCUUAAUGGUUAAGCUCUAGGUUACUGAUUGUAAGGUCAGGGAUUCAAUGUUACUGAUUGUAUGGUCAGGGAUUCAAGGUUACUGAGUGCAAGGUCGUGGAUUCAAGGUUACUGAUUGUAAGAUCAGGGGUUCAAUUUUCAGCACCACCAAGCUGCCACUGUUGGGCCCUUAAGCAAGGCUCUUAACCCUGUUCACUCCAGGGUUGCUGUAUCAUCUGAUCCCUGCUUCUUGUAGAAUUCUGUAUAAGUGACAAGUAAAAGCCUCUUUUUUUUCUCUUUUGGUUCCUCAGACUUGUCGUUCACGCUGAGACUCCUUCCAAACGAAAUAAACGCCUCCUAACAGAAAACCUCACUUUAUUUACACGUUUUUUAGUUCCGGUAUACUGUAUGGACCGUCGUACAAGUCCCGGUGCCAGUUGUUACAACAGAACCAAUAAUACCGUGUGUAUAUAAAGCCGAUAAAUGUGGUUAAACCGUAUUUCCGAGCUUUAAAGGGAAUGCUUAAAAUGCUGCCCAGUGCGAACAGGUACCAGUAUGAUUAUGAUGUUGGAAAAUGGUGAUAUGGAAAAAACAGUUACAAUUAGUGUGAUCAUUGUGUAUCAGCCAUGCCUGGUAGGAAGAAGACACACAUACCUCAAAAAUCUACCUGUUAUUGAUACACACUGUUAGUUUUUAUUUCAAAGCAGGAUGAACCUCAAUGCACUUGCUCUUCAAUACAGGCAUCUUUCUCUCUUUUAUUAUAAUUAUUUGGACUGUUCUAAGUCGUAAUGCAUGGAAACCCCUUUAACUAAUAGUUGUUUUUGAGCCGCUAACAGCCUUUUUAGAUUCAGAGCCUUUUGUAGUACUGGUUUUGUGUGUGUGUGUGUGUCCCAUUUUGUAGUGUCUCUGAACCUCAGGGAUUGUACUUUCAGAAAACUUUUCAUACCCAAUACUCAUGACAUCAAUUUCGAAAACAUUUCUCUUGCAUAGGUUAUGGUACAGAAGAUCAGUUAAAAAUUAAAAAACGUCUCUCAUCGUUCCCUCAAAUUUACCGAUUCAAACGUCGUCAAUCAAACGAGAUAACGAGGGUUUGAUGCCUGGCGUUGGUUUCUGGAGGUAUUCCUAUAACCCAAAAUAAUACAAAAAAUUUAAUACAAUAAUAAAAGGUAAACAUUUGAGUGAAUUUAGUGAACAUUUGAGUGAAUACAGGAAUUUACAUACAUAUAUUACAGGUCACAUUUUCGACACGUGAAGGGUUUCCCAGGCCACCACUGUAGUAAACAGGUCACACAAUUGGUCUUGGUAAGUUAACACAAUUUUUAUUUUUUUUUCAGUGUUCGUGAAUGUAGUUUGGUGUGUUUUUCGACGAAACGAUUGAACACGAUUGCUACCAAGUACCUUCUGUUUAUCUUCCAAGCAUUGUGUGCUUGUUUUAAUAUAAAUUCAGACGUCUGUCUUACUUCAGACCAGUUUAGGACCAAGGAACAUUCAUUCCUUUCACUUCUUUGACAGUUCUAUAAACAUUUAACAGACAGAUAUUUUUUCCCUCCAUUGUUGUUUUGUUUUGUUUUGUUUUUAACCGCUAUGAUCGGAAUAUUUUACACGCAUCCUCCGCUUCGUUUGUAAAAAUCUUUUAAAACCAUGUUACCUCCCGUCUGCAUUUUGGCCUUCCUGCUCCUGAUUUAUUAUUUCCAAUCUUUACAAAUAUGCAGGUUUCCUGUAAUCCUCAUUUGAUACAAUUUCAAGUACUGAAAAAAAGAAAACACAAUGCCUGCAGCAUUUGAACGCUUAUAAAAAGCUUAGCUAGUAACGUUAAUCACAGCUUAAUCACAUUUUUUUUGUUUUAUCCGCCUGCUUAAAAAAAAGGCCCAAAGAUUGAAUGUUUGAUUGAAUGAUUUACAAUUACACUGAUUUGAACAACCUCAUUGUAGCAUUGUACUGUUAAAUUUUUUUUUUUUUUUAUACAGUUUUUUUUCUUGUAGUUUUGUAUGUAUAUAUAUUUGGUAAUGCUUUACAUUAGGGUAAUUUUUACUACAUCAUUGAACAUGAACAAACCCUGAGCUUCAGCACUAAUAAAGCUGAAGCGAGUGUGUAUUCAUUUGUGCAUUGUUUUUUUUUUACCGGUGUUUGGCACUAACAUUUUUGAUGGCAGUGUCGAUUAUUUGGUUUUUGCUUUGUUACUGUUAUUAAAGGUGUUUUAGUUCAGGAAGUUCAGGGUUUGCUUUAUGUCACAUAAUGAAUUCUUCAUAUAAAGUCUCUUACUAUAUUUAAUCCCUUUUAUGCAAUUUAGCUCCAACUCGAUGCUUUUUUGUAAAAAAAAAUGUAAGAAAUGAUAAAAUAGUGGACAUACUUUUAUAGCACUUAGCCAGGGUAGGAUAAUAAUUCGAAAGGCGUGUCCACAAGCAAUGCCAGUGACUCUGAUUGGACGAUUAAACUGAAAACGAAGAUGUUUUCAAAUUAAACAAUGGAAAUCUUCCUCUUAUACAAACCUGAUAGAUUGGGGACAAAAAUGGCUACUUUGAGCCAAUCUGGAAGGAUUCAUUGUUCAUAAAAGUUUCUGAUCACUAGCUGGUUUUGUCUGUCAUAGCUUGAGGUCAUUUGAGAAAAUCUUACCCCUAUGCCUAUACCAGUUCCUUGUGAGCAAUUUCUGCCUACUUAUAAAUAUCCUUAAAUCCAUAUAUGGGCUUAUGGACACACCCACUUGUUCCACUCGAAGACACACCCACUGGUCGAUGUUUUCACGCGAAAAUCCUUGUUUGUUGUGCUGUAAACCGUCUUGUAUGAUCUUGGUGAUUUUAUCACAUUGUGCCACCCUGGCCUCUAUAUACGUUUAUGUUAAAUCUUUAAACUUUUAUAGUAAGUAUUAUUUUAGCACCUUGUAUCUUUAUUUUGUGUUUCUAGGCAACAUUUUAUUUAAACUAGCAAGGUGUCUUCUCUGCAUAUAUAUAUAUAUAUAUAUAUAUAUAUAUAUAUAUAUA